UUUUUCUUUUCUUUUUUUGAAAAGAUUCUGCAUGCUGUUCUCUGAAAAAGAGAUGUCACCAUACUUGGAUUUGGACAUGGCCCAACCCGAACCUCGUUCUUCAUGGGCCGAUCCAUCGUUGAAUGGGCUUAUUAGAAAUUUUCGUGGGCCGAUCCCAUCGUUUUAUCGGGCCUCUGACAAACUUUACUGGAGAUCGCUGUCGAAUUCUCAAGAGUCCAGAGGAAAAGAGAUCACGCCGGGACCGAACAGCGCCGCCGAUUUUCCCACGGAACUCCAUGACCGGCGGCAGCGGCGGGAGACGACGAGACCGCGAGUCCGACCCAGACGCCUCGACGGCGCUGCCCGUCCCGGGGCCUUGCGCCUCGACGCAGCGGGCGCUCGCCGAGUGCCGCCGCCGCGCCGCCCGCGGGCCGCUGCAGCCAGAGGUGCUGUGCUGGCACCUCAACCGGGCGCUGGCGGAGUGCGUCGUGACCGCGUGCUGCCCCGAUGAGAUCGAGGCCGUCCGCACCCUCUGCGGCAGUGCCGGCACCGAGCUCAAGCGCACGCAGUGCCAGCGCGCGCGGAUCGACCUCUCCAUCUGCCUCGAGGCACAUCAGGAGCCCUGAUCUAUGUGGGCAAUCUCAUCCGGUACAGGCGUACAGCGAUUCCCUUUGAUGAUCAAACGCGUUUUUCUACGUGUAGUUCACAUACUUUGUAGAAUGUAAUCUUGUUAUGGAACAUUAGCCCCAACCAAUUCUGUAUACAAAAUUGUACAUUAGAGAUUAUUACUCUGAAUGCAAUAUUAGAGAUGCAGCUGGAUUGGACUCUAAAAAGAUGCAUGUAUUUUGGCAUCUGCAUGGCUUUCAUGGUAUGAUCUUGAGUAUCCAGUUGUAUUCUUGGAAAGACGUCAUGAAUUGCAAUUUGCUUGCAUGGAUUCAGAACAGUGUAAAGCAACUUCAAGCAAAGUUUGCACAAUGCUGUAGUCCGUAUUAAUUAGUAUACGCAAUAUCAUGUUUAUUCA